UUAAUAUCCUGUCACAUGCAGUCAGACGGCAGAUUAAAUAUUAGCAAUUUCCAAUAUGUAAUGAGGUGUUUGUCAAGUGUGUUCCUAGUCAGGGAGAUGUCAGAUGUAUGACGGCCAGUUCUCGAGGAUAUAAGUUAUUCCAGUAUGUCCUUCAUGUGUAGGAACCUCCAUUCUGUCUUACGUCUACAUCGCCAUCAAAUCACAGUCUUUAAAUCCAUCCAAGUCAGGAUGGACAGAGUACCAGCUGCAGCAGCUGGAGUGACCAGGAAUGCUAGUUCAUUCAUACAUGAAAAUGCCUUUGUUGAUGGCAAGUGGGUGUCUGCUGCGAGUUUGAAAACUUUCCAAGUGGUGAAUCCAUCAACAGGCGCAGUCAUUGGAACUGUCCCUGAUAUGGAUGCCAAUGACACUGAGGAAGCCAUAAAGGUGGCCUACAAAGCAUUUCAGACAUGGAAGGAAACCACAGCUAAGGAAAGAAGUGGUAUUCUCAGGAAGUGGGCAGAGUUAUGUACACAACAUAAAGAUGAAUUAGCAAAGCUCCUCACAGCUGAAAUGGGAAAGCCCCUGGCAGAGGCUGCUGGAGAGGUGGCCUAUGGGACAGCAUUCAUGGAGUGGUUUGCCGAGGAAGCCCGAAGAGUGUAUGGAGACAUUGUCCCAUCUCCAAUAAAAACUCGUCGUAUUCUUGUCCUCAAACAACCUUUAGGAGUGGCUGGGAUGAUCACACCGUGGAAUUUCCCCAAUGCAAUGAUAACUAGGAAGGCAUGUGCAGCCAUUGCUGCAGGCUGUACAGUGGUACUCAAGCCAGCUGAGGAUACACCCUUCUCUGCCCUCGCCCUUUGUGAGUUAGCGUCCAUGGCUGGACUGCCUCCUGGUGUCCUGAAUGUUGUAACCUCGUCCCGUAACCAUGCUGCUGAUGUGGGGAAUAAACUGUGUAAACACCCGCUAGUGAUGAAGAUUUCGUUUACAGGCUCCACUCAAGUUGGAAAGAUUCUUCUGGAACAAUCAGCAUCUACAGUGAAGAAAGUUUCACUAGAACUUGGAGGGAAUGCCCCCUUUAUUGUGUUCAACAGUGCUGAUGUUGGGGCAGCUGUCAAAGGGUUGAUGGGCUGCAAGUUUAGGUGUUCUGGUCAGACGUGCGUGUGUGCCAAUAGGAUCCUAGUACAGGAGGGAAUAUACGAUAAGUUUGUACAGGCAGUAGCUGAAACCAUGGACAAGGAACUCAAAGUCGGAGAUGGGUUCCAAGCUGGAACAACACAAGGCCCACUGAUAAACAGCAAAGCUGUAGACAAGGUCCAGAGCCAUGUAGAUGAUGCUGUGAGUAAGGGGGCCACUGUCGUCAGGGGAGGUAAGCGGCUUGAUGGAAACUUCUUCCAACCCACCCUUCUGUCUCAGGUCAAUCAGGAUAUGAGGUGCACAUCCGAGGAGACAUUCGGACCUGUCGCUCCUAUUUUGAAAUUUAAAACAGAGGAGGAAGCUGUUGCCAUAGCGAAUGUUACAUCUUCAGGGUUGGCAGGGUAUUUCUACUCCCAGGACCUCAGUCAGAUCUGGCGUGUCGCGGAGAAGCUGGAAACUGGCCUAGUUGGAGUCAACGAGGGCUUAGUUUCUGUUCCAGAGGCUCCAUUUGGGGGCUGGAAAGAAUCUGGUCUCGGCAGUGAGGGCAGCAAAUAUGGCAUUGAUGAAUACCUUCAACUCAAAUAUGUGUGUAUGGGCGGAGUUUAGGCUGUCAACUACACCUCUAUACUUAGGAAUAUUUGUAGAGAAUAGUAAAUAUGAAAUCAAGAGUAUUUGUAAAUUAAAUACUGUAUUGUGCAUUGGUAGAGUAUAAAUUGUGCAACCAUAAUAGAUAUAGCAGUAUUCAUAAAUCAAAAUUAAAUUAACUGAAGUUAUGGAAGGCUUAAAGUCACUUGCUUGUAGGAAAGUAAGAACAUAAUUAUACAGUGGCAUGAAUAUUGCCUAUUGUGAAGGGAUAAUUAAUGUUACAUAUGAAGUGCUUAUUUCAAAUUCAUUAUACAUAUACAUGUCGGUCUAAUACAGAAGAAAAAAUCUGCAUGAUCCUUGAUGUAUUUUUCAUGAUUUUAGUCAAAUACCUUUCAAAAUAUUUGACAGUUUGAUCAUUAUUUAAUUAGAAAACAAUCAAGAUAUAUAGAAAUAAGAAUACGUCAUUUAUGAAUUUGCAAUAAGCAAUUUUCACUUUGUCUGGACCUUCCUCAAUUGGCUACCAGAUCCUGUCACAUUUGUGAUGGGCCAUUUAUCUACAAUAAAACAUGUAUGGACAUAGUUUAGCAUAUCAGCCAGACACUAUGAACUUGUAAGGUUGUGUACUUAGUUAAUUGUGAAGAUAUGGUAUAUUUUAAGUAUGAAGUGUAUGAACUUGUAGGCUUGUUCAUUUGUAUAAAUAGCCAGGAGAGGAUCUUAGUUAAUUGUGAAGAUAUGGUAUAUUUUAAGUAUGAAGUGUAUGAACUUGUAAGGUUGUGUCUUUGUAUAAAUAUCCAGGAGAGUAUCUCAGCUAAUUGUGAAGAUAUGGUAUAUUUUAAGUCUGACAUGUAUUAAAGACUGAACUGGUAGAGCCAAGAGUCUGAUACAUGUAGGACAGUAUGUAUGCCUUUAAGCCACACAGAUAAAAGUGCUUUACAUGUGUGUUCAUCUAUAAAUGAGUAAUUUGUUAAGUUUGAUAACACUGUAAUAAAAAGUGAGAAUACAA